AUGGUUCAUCGAAAACUUAUCAUCGACACCGAUUGUGGCGGUGACGAUGCCAUAGCCAUCAUGUUGGCUAUGACACAGCCUGAUGUGGAAGUCAUUGCCAUCACUGUUGUGUGGGGAAAUGUGGAGGUUAACCAAGGUAUGGAAAAUAUCGGCAAACUUCUGGAUUUGUAUGACGCAGAUAUACCGUUUUUUCGUGGGGCAGAGGGACCCCUCGUGGGGGAGCGGGAGACUGUGCAGUGGGGCGGCUUCGGCUCGGACGGCUUUGGUGAUGCGGGAUUUCCACCAUCUAAGCGUGUGGCUCUUCAACCUAAAAGACAUGCCGCACUGGAGAUACUGAAAAUACUUGAGGAGGCAGAGCCGUCAGAUGAUGUGGUGUACCAGUUGGUUGCGUUGGGCCCCCUUACAAAUGUGGCAUUGGCCCUUCGUUUGAACCCCGAUUUGUUUUCCAAACUUGGGACAGAUACGAUACCUGGCAUUGUCAUCAUGAACGGCACCAGUGAAAGCAAGGGCAACUCCAACAUGGCGGCUGAGUUUAACAGCCACUGCGAUCCGGAAGCGGGGGUCGUGGUGCUGCAGCACAAGGGGUGGAAGUGUCCGGUACAGUUGGUUAAUUGGGAGGUAACUGUUAACUCCCCCAUGACGUGGGGGUUUUAUGAUAAGUUGGUGAACAGAGAAUUGACUCCCAAUGGCCGCGUGGCGGUAAAUCAAAACAAAUGGCAGGAGUUUAUUGAAAAACUGUUUCAGCGUUUGGAGGCAUUCACUCGUAUUCACGAUGAUGGCACAAGAGCAGACACCGGUGACGCUGAGGCAACGCAAGAUGUUACGUGCGUUGUUCCGGACGCUGUAGCUGUGCUGGUUGCCAUCCGCCCCGAAAGUGUACUCGACAGCUUCCUCACAUACGUAACUGUCGAAUUGCAUGGAAGGGAAACAAGGGGGGCGACAUGCAUCGAUUGGUAUGGCACGGAACAGUCCAUGGCGAAAAAGGGUCGCUGGCGCAACUGCAAUGUUAUCACUAAAGUGGACAAUGAAAUGUUCCUCAAGGCGCUACGGGAUAUCGUAGAAUAUGUCGCGUAA